CAGAAGCAUCUCCGCAUCAUUCCCAAGCAUCAAUUUUGUUAAUUUCUUCCCAUCAGACGUGUGUGAUCGAUAAGCUCCGCCAUUUCCCUUUUCCGUGUCUUUAAAACCAGAAGAUCAGAGAGGGCUUGCACAUGGCUUUGUUGCGGCAUUGAAUGGUGGCUUUCAAUUAAUUUCGUCCUAAUUUUUUGGCCUCGUAAUUGCUCCCGUACUUCUUGUUGAAUCCGCCGUCCGCGAGGACAAGCUGGGGCCAUUGGGACGAUUUCUUUUAUGCUAGGUGGGAUAUGUGUUUGGAGUUACUACAAAUAGCUUGAAUAAUCACGUUGAUUUUGGUUCCUCCAUUGGCGGCUGUUUGGUCCUGCUUUGAAGGUUAAUUUUGGUGGUUAAUUUGUGAAUUGGAGACACGAUGGGCGGGAAUCAGGGGAAUUGCGACUCUGAGAAGCCGUUGAUGGAAUUGACUGAGAAUGAGGGGUUAAUUUCUUCGUCCAGAGAAGGGAAAGGGAAGAGAUUGUGGAAAAAGGUUAAGUAUCAGUUGGUAGAGUACCACUCGUUGCCUGGUUAUUUGAAGGACAACGAAUAUAUUCUUGGCCAUUACAGAUGUGAAUGGCCUUUGAAGCAGGUCUUGCUCAGCGUUUUCACCGUUCACAAUGAGACUCUCAAUGUUUGGACGCAUUUGAUAGGGUUCUUCCUUUUCCUAGCACUAACCAUUUACACUGCUAUGAUGGUUCCAAAUGUUGUGGACCUUCAUAGACUACAAAACUUACCUGAUGUGUUGAGAAAAGCUGAUUUUCAGAAAAUUCAUACAGAAUUGGCUACUUGCCUUCCAUCUUUCUCUAAUUGGCAUGUUAUGGAAGCUCUCUACAACUGUUUGCCGGACAGACUUUCCAGCAGCAACCACAGCAAUACUUGUGUUUUGCAUAGCAUGAGAGAUGACGUGGCAAAUAUAAUAGCGCCACUGCUGACAAGGCCAAUCACACGAUGGCCGUUCUUCGCAUUCCUAGGGGGGGCGAUGUUCUGCCUGUUAGCCAGCAGCACGUGCCACUUACUAUCCUGCCACUCCGAGCGCGUUUCUUACAUCAUGCUCAGGCUCGACUACGCAGGAAUUGCUGCGCUCAUCUCGACAUCCUUCUACCCCCCUGUCUACUACUCCUUCAUGUGCUAUCCGAUCUUCUGCAAUCUCUACAUGGGAUUUAUAACAGUCCUUGGAAUCGGGACAAUCUUGGUAUCCCUCCUCCCGGUUUUCCAAACACCCGAAUAUCGCAACAUUCGCGCAGCGCUGUUCUUCGGGAUGGGAUUCUCCGGCGCAGCGCCUAUAUUGCACAAGCUCAUCUUAUUCUGGAACCAGCCGGAGGCACUUCACACGACUGGAUAUGAAAUCUUGAUGGGCGUAUUUUACGGAUUGGGAGCUCUCGUUUAUGCGCUGAGGAUCCCGGAGAAGUGGAUGCCCGGGAAAUUCGACAUUGCCGGCCACAGCCACCAGCUCUUCCACAUUCUGGUGGUGGCCGGGGCCUACACGCAUUAUCGGGCCGGGCUCGUCUAUCUGAGAUGGAGAGACCUACAAGGGUGUUGAGAGGUUAGUAUUUUUCAGUAGUUGUCUUGAUGCAGUAUUUACCUACUUGGCUUAGCAAAUUUCACUUUUAUGUGCUGGAGUUAUGCUGUGGGAAAUUUGCUGUUGUGUGUACCAAAAUUUGAAAUGAAUAAUGAAGGAAAUACAUAGACAGAAAGAAAAAAUAAUAAUAAUAAAUUGAUGAAAUGCAAUUUGUGAAUAAAAAGGAUUUGUAAAUGGUUUCGGAGGAACAUUAAGGAUUGCAACCAUAUGUUGUGCAAAUUAUUGGAGUUUCAUCUUCCAA